CAAUCCAAUGUUAAAAAUAUGUCAUCAACCUCUCUCUUUUUAAGGAACUUAAUUUUUAGUCUCUCUCUCUAACUUGGUGUUCCGUGAUACCUCACUCAGUCUGCCAAGUUUUCUUUAUUUUUAUCAGUUCUCUUUAGUCACUCUGUGUGUAAUCAAAGAACCAUGGAGCUCAACUUCCUCUCUAGAGCUCUUCUCAUCUCUCUUCUAAUCGCCAUAGUUUCAUCUUUCUCAUCCUCUACUGUUAUCUCCGAUGGUGUGCUCGAAUCUCAGGAUUUGGUUAUUGGAAGAAACCUACUUCAGGCCAAGAAAAAAUGUUCCCUGAACUUAGAGUUUAUGAACUACACUAUCAUAACGAGCCAGUGUAAAGGUCCCAAAUUCCCAGCAAAGGAGUGUUGCUCUUCCUUUUUAGACUUUGCGUGUCCUUACGCCGACCAGCUCAACGACCUGUCCACAGAUUGUGCAAGCACGAUGUUUAGUUACAUCAAUAUCUAUGGGAAAUACCCGGCUGGACUUUUCGCUAACCAGUGUCACGGAAAUAAAAUAGGCCUCGAGUGCCCCGAUAUGCCUCCCAGUUCAGCAGCAGACGUAAACACAGCCACAACCACAACCACCGCUUCUUCUCGUAUUUGGAUGACCGCAGCUUUAUUCGUGACUGUUUUAUUGUUUCGAGGCCGAUAAAGCCAUAUGUAAUGCUUCUUGUUACAACCUCCGUGGAAGAGUCUAUGAUUUAGGGAACUUCAAAAGCUUCUAAAUGAUAAUUUGUAUGAUUGACUUAUGUAUGCAUCAUUGUCUCUUCUAUAAAUUGGCCUAGUAAAUAUUAUAAA